CCAAAAUAUAUUAACCCUCGCUGCAAGCUCCGACCGACCCAAAAAUUGGUCCCGCAAACCCUAGCUCUACAGGGAGAGCCUGUAGAGCGCGACUCGGCUUCUUCCUUCCCGCAAACCCUAAUUGUCGUCGGAUUCGCCUCAUCCGGAAACCCCUAAUUGCCUUCGGAUUCGCUUGACUUCUCUCACCUGUAUACACGAGCUGCGAUGUACGCUGAUCAGAUAGCAUCGGGGCGGAAGAGAUCCAUCAAAGAGCGCCUGCAUGGCGAUGUAGGGGGAGAUUUCAGCCACUCUAGCGCGGUUCCGGCUAAAAGGCAACGCCAAAGUGAUGACAAAUGGAAGCAUGAUCUUUAUGAUGAGGACAGGGAACAUGAAACAUUCAAAUCUGUUAAUCCCAAUGACCUCAGAUGGAAGCUUCAGAACAGAGGUUCACAGCAAGCUUUCCAGAGUGGAAAAGUUUCUGCAGUCAGAGAUCUUCGUGACAAGCUAACUGGUACAAUGCACUCACAGCCAUCAAAUAGUGAACCUUCAAAGGCUAAGCGAAUGUCUGAAAUAUCUGAAGCCAUCAAGAAGAGUCUCCGAAAUGAUCCACCCAUACCGGAAACCAAAAAAACUAAUGCCCCAAAAAAGGCAUCUCAGAGCAAGUCUGUAUUGUCGGUAGAUGGUUUCCUGGACUCUUUAGGUCUAGGGAAAUAUUCAAUAACAUUCCAGGCAGAGGAGGUUGACAUGACAGUUCUCAAGCAUAUGAAUGAUGAGGAUCUUAGAGCUCUAGGAAUUCCAAUGGGUCCAAGAAAAAAGAUCCUAUUGUCGUUGGAAUCAAGAGCCUAAGGGAAGGUGCGCGAUCUUGUAAGCUGGCUCCGAUAGUUUCUCAUUUCCUACUGAAUGACGUGAUGCGCUAUGUUCGGUUUGUUAUCAUCGUGUCCUGUUUUCCCCAUUGUACAUGCAACUAUGCACCUUGUAGCGAUAUCCUGUUUGGUAGCUUCUUCCAACUGAAAAUGUACGCUAUGGUAGGCUCGUGCUAGUCAUUUUUCCUUCUGCUUGUUGCGUUUCUUGUAAACUGAAAUUUUUAUAUAGCAUAGUUGAUUGUGCUUCCGGCGAUCA